AUGUCCCUAGCCCCAUUGUUGCGUCUGCCACGCUGGCAGACGUUGUCAAUCCUCGCAAGCAGUCCAAUGCGACGCCUCCCUCGGCAUGUUAAAUACGGGCAGAGUCUUCGCUCGGCCUCCCGGUCUAGAUCCCCACUUCCGCCGGCCGCAAUACACAGUAACUUUUCCGAAGCCAUUCCUCUACCUUCUUUCAUCAAUCGCCGCUCUUCCCACAUACUACUGGAUGAUUCUAUUGAUCCCAUCAUGACCGCGCUUUAUGACCUCAUUGGCGUAGCAACAGAUGUCACCGAUAUGAAAUCAGCAGCCUCACUCACAGCCCAGCCUCAAGUUUGUGAGUCACUCGUUCAACGGGUACAGACUAUUGGUAAGACAUGGGAUGAGCAUCCAGAUCGGCAUGGGCAGAACUGGUAUAUGCAAGUUCUACUUGCCGUUGCCAGUCUCAGCCGUGUAGUCAAAUGGUGGGAGGCCGAAGAGCAAUUCUGGAAUUUCGAUGAUAAUGAGGACGACCAAGAUGAACCCCUGAUGUUCGUCUUGAGGCCAUCCGAUGAGCAUCCUCCAGCGCCUACACCCAUUGAUGAUUCAGUAGAGGCGCGCUUCAGGCUUCAAGUCGAGUUAGAGGGUGACCAUGAUGCUUCAAUAUCUGGCAUUCUUUACCAACAAAUGGAGGGCAAAGGCAUGCUCCCAGUAGGUCCCCUAAGAUGGGAUUAUCCUUCGCCCUCCAUUGUCCUGGAAUCCGGUGGUGUUGGAGAUGAACCCAUUGUUGAGGAGCCUUCGAAAGAACUGCUUGCCGACCGCUCUGGACUCGAACCAACGACGCCCUUUCCCUUCGUGCACCUGAUUUCCACGGAGCCCUUAUUGUGUUGGACAUGCGAGUGUCAAAUUCCGCAGUGGUACUCCGAGAAGCAUAGCGAGACCUGCGUCGAAGUGCACCGGCCUGAAGCUGAGAUUGUUAAGUGCAACGAGUCUAUUGGCGAGCUCAAGAACACGAUUCGAGACAUUAUGGCUGCCAUGGAUACCCCUUUCCUAACUUCGCCCCCAAAUACAGAGGAGUCCCCAUUAUCACGCACUCAAAGGUUGACCAUGAGGAAGACACAGCGCAGGUUGUUGGAAUCGCUUGACGAGAUUCUCCUGGUUGCUUCUGAGAUUUCCAUGCCUUCUCUAAAGGAUGAAGAGUCGAAGGAGCCACUCCGGCGUCAGCGGUUACUUUCGCCAGGAUCGGAGCGGAAGAUGUCUCAGAUCCGUACAUGGUGUCGGCCGCCUGUUGAGGAUGCUGCUCUCUCUCAGCUUGCUGAAGACGUGGAGUGUAUCAUGACGCAGAAGGUUGACAAUGUCGUUCGGAUGCAGAAUACCGUCAAGUACUCCGAGAAGAUCGGGCACGAAUGGGAAGAGAAAGUCACCGGGAGUCUAGCUAUUGUUGAAGCGGGUGAAAGUAGCAACAGUGAGGAUGAGGGCGAAUAUCACAAUGGAAUUGAUCCAUCGAUUCUACCUAUUCCCGAAGACGUAGAGGCACCGGUUGACGACGAUCAUGCCACCAAUCAAUCUGAAGAGCUACUGUCGUCCCAGCCUACUCCCAUGGCUUCCGAGUCUCUUAUAUUGAUUGCUACCCCAAAUGCUAGUCGCGCCUCCAUUUCUGCUCCUGUACCUCAGUUUACUCCUCCGGCGUGGCAAAUCAUCAACAAGAUGCCUACAAUGUCGUCCACGCCAUCACCCAUAUCUUCGCCUCCUGCUUUGGCUGCCCUAAUCACGGCAUCACCAUCUCCCGACGAUCAGCCUCCAUACAUGGACCUCAACGACAGUCUACCAGGGAAUGCUACCGUUAGAACACGACGAUCGGCCAGCAACCUUCUAGAACCGCAGCUUUUGGUCACCCCGCCCCUGUCACCCAGCAUAUCUCCUCGAGAUGCGCCCACUGCUACACGACGCGGGCACCGCCGUCAUUCUACAGUAAACCUCAUAUUUAGUCCUUCAGUAUCAAAUGUCCCUCUAUCUCCUCGCCAAUCGUCUGCAGCUCCUUUAUCACGAUCGACUCCGACUUCUAUCAAAGACUUUGACAUCAAGCCUAUCAGCAAAGGAGCCUUUGUAUUCGUCUUCCUUGCGAAGAAGGCAAUUGGAGACUAUUACGCUAUUAAGGUUCUGAAAAAGGCCGAUAUGAUUGCGAAGAACCAAAUUACAAAUGUCAAGGCGGAGCGCAUGAUUCUUAUGACGCAGGCCGAGUCGCCGUUCGUUGCCAAAUUGUACUUCACAUUCCAGAGCAAGGAAAAUUUGUAUCUGGUUAUGGAGUAUCUAAAUGGUGGCGAUUGUGCCGCUCUUAUCAAGUCUCUGGGCUCACUGCCCGAAGAAUGGACGAAGCAAUACAUUGCUGAAGUUGUACUGGGGCUUGAGUGUCUCCACCAGCAUGGCAUUGUUCACCGUGACUUGAAGCCUGACAACCUUCUCAUCGACCAGCACGGUCACUUGAAGCUUGCUGAUUUCGGUUUGAGAAGGAUUGGUCUCCUUGGUCGUCAAACGCGCGAACCCAUGGGCAUGGGUAUGCGACAUCGCACAAGAUAUGAUUCACGUUCGCGACCACCUUCAAUUGACUCCGGCUUUCUUUUAUCACCCUUACUCUCAACCGAAAUGAUUGGUGGAGAUGACGCAAGCGAAUCCGGUCCCGAAUCUAUAUACAAUCAUCAUUCACGCCGAAGCAGGGCUGGUGAAAGUCCUCUGCAAUCGUUUGCUAUGGAACUGACCACCGACUUGCGUUCAUACUACUCGGGUGGUCACAUCCCCGGGGGAGCAGAAUGGACUGGCACAUUGGGGUUUUGGUGUCAUAACUUACGAAUUUUUAUAUGGCAUUCCCAUGCGGAGACGCCAGAGAAGGUUUUCGAGAAUAUGCUUUCUGGACACAUCGAGUGGCACAAGGACUGGGUGGAGUUCUCCGAUGAGGCUCGUGACUUCAUGCAACGGCUGAUGUGCAUAGACCCAUCCGCUCGUCUCGGGGCUGGUGGCGCAGAUGAAAUUAAGAGGGCAUCUCGUCUUUGA